UAGAUACGUGCCAACAUGUUGGUGGUUAAGACUAUAAGAAGCAUUAACUGCAGUUAUAUCCACAUCUCUCACCCUCCUGCGACACGUAAGUCGCCUAGGUCGAAUGCAUAUUAGGUUCAGCAGCUCCAUCUGCCAACUUGUCUUUUUUUCAACACCUUAGGUAGGUAUGGCUUUACUAGCUCCCCAGUGACGACGACAACCACCCACGCACGCCCGCGUUGACGCCAGACAUCGCCAUGCCGCCUCCAGUCGCGCCGGAGCGCGCGGCCGCGAUCAUGCUCUCGUGGAAGUCGCUCGCGCUGGUCUCGUGCCGGAAACUCCAGACGCUGUGGGCCGGGUACGGCUACAUAUACGAGGUCACGGCGCGGGCGACGAGCGACGACGUCGCCGCGGAGCUGCGGGCGGUGUACCGCGUCGACGGGGCCGCCCGCACGGGGCAGCCGCCGGGGCUGUUUCCGCUGAUCCUCAAGUUCGUCACGGCCCCGCCCGCGCGGGCUGGCUCGGAGGACGAGGGCCACCUCCGGAAGCUGCUGAGCUACGACGUCGAGCAGUGCUUCUACCACUCUGUGGCUCCACACCUGGAGGGCGCGGCCGCCGUGGCACACUGCGUCCUUACGACGGCCGAGGCGCGAGAGAAGCCGGGCGCUGAGCUUUUGAAAGGCGUGACAGCGACAAUUUUAACAGACCUGAGACCUUGCUACCCGGUAGCCGGCGGCAAGAGGUCGGAACUGAACAAGUACCAGAUCUACGCGGCGCUAGACUGGUUGGCCAGCUUCCACAGGAGCUCCCGAAAAUUGAUACCGGAGCAGCUCGACGAUUACGUCCGGCCGCCCCUUGAGGAGGCAGCGAGAAGACAGAGCAGUCGUAGCUACGGAACGAAGCUGUGGCUGAAUGGAGGCUACACCUAUCUCGCCACUCGGCGGAAGGAAUACGCAGAUCUUGCCGACGAUGACGAGUCGGAGUGGUCUGCGCCGCUGUGCGCGCCGGUCGGCCCCGACGGCAAGUCUAUCGCCGAACUGGUGGCCGACUUUCUGACGCCGCGCGGCCGGAAAUACGAGACCCUCAUCCACGGCGACGUCAAGUCCGAGAACCUAUUCACCACACAGUCGGGUCGCAGGGUCGCAUUCUUCGAUUUCCAAUACGUCGGUAUCGGGCUUGGCGUCUGCGACCUAGCCAAGCUGUUUACCUGCUCCGUACCCCUCGGCCUUCUUAUCGAUGCCGGGGCCGAGAUGGCGGAUGAGCUCGGCAUGAACGCGGCCGAGAAGGCGCUAUUAGAACACUAUCGCUCGGGGCUGCUUGUAGACUCCGACGGCUCCUCAAGGCCGCUCGACGAGUAUGACUGGGAUGUCUUUGUUCGUCAUUGGGAAACCGCGCUCGUCGACUGGCUGAGGUUUCAGGCCUCGUGGGGGUUCUGGGGCAAUACGGAGUGGCUCGAGGCCAGGGUGAGGUCGAUCACGAAAGACAGGCAAUGGAGAGAUUGGCUGCAGGAGAAUUGUCAGAAGUCGCAGGAACCAACUCGUGCGUGAAAGACAACCGAAGAGAAGGAAACCCUCCGCCGUCAACACAUGCCCUCGCAAGCACGAUAAAUUGUCGUUGGACAAUGCGGGCGCUCAUCUAGUUCUGUCUGCAACAGAAGCUCACGUUCAACCCGACCAAUAUUUCUUAGUGUUUCACAUCAUUUCGGUAGUUGGAGAAACCGGAUUGGCGCGGGAUUCUGUGAGAAUAUUGCUCCCCUGAGUGUCGUAGUUGGUGGGUAGGAUUGCCUUCAACAUGUGGCAGAAAUGGCGCAACAGACAUAGCCAACCCGGUAGCACAACAUUAUUAACAGGACCUCGUGGGGCGCUUUCAUACUACGAGAGGUAUUCGUCUUGUCGUUGGUUACCGUCACUAAUAUCCAAAGCGUAACGAGAAGUAAGAUUUGGUGAAUAUGGCCGACUUUACUCGGCUUAAAACGCUCGUCCACGUUUCUUAGCCACGAGGCACACGCUUUGCUACGUAUCGCUGUAUUGAAAUUUCUAUAGCCA